AAUCAGAUCCUGGAAGAUAAAUCGCCAUUGAUGAGCCAUGGGAUCGCUCCAAGUUUUCUCUCUCUUCUUCUUCGAUAGUGUUUCUGUUUCAAAACGGGGAGUGAAAAAGAUGAAUGGAUCAAGUCAAACCUAAAAGCAAUUGUGAUUCGGGUCCCUUUGGAUCGACGAACAGCAACUCGCUCGGACGGAUCAGUCUAGAAUCCACCUUCAUUUCUUCUACUGGGUAACACCGCCUGCCGCCGACUUGCCGGAUCAAUAUUUAAUACUCACCUCGCCGGCAUUUCCACUCUCUAAUUUGCAGCUCACACGUCGUUGUUCGCUACUUCGCUUUCCAACACAUCGCCAUUGAAUGCGUCACUCCUCGCAUUAAGCGAUACGGUUAAGAAAUAUGGAGCGCAAUACUGCCGAACGUAUUGGCAAUCUAGGGGAAGGAUCUCCUGCCAGUCCCAGGUUAGACAGAUUUCAAAAGCUCUCUGUUGUACCACUCGUUUUUCUAAUCUUCUAUGAGGUUUCUGGGGGACCUUUUGGUGUUGAAGACAGUGUCAAAGCUGGUGGCCCUCUUUUAGCUCUCGUAGGUUUCCUGAUUUUCCCAUUUGUAUGGAGUAUUCCUGAGGCCCUGGUUACUGCUGAAAUGGGUACUAUGUUCCCUGAAAAUGGUGGAUAUGUUGUUUGGGUUUCUUCAGCCUUGGGUCCUUUCUGGGGCUUUCAGCUUGGUUGGAUGAAAUGGCUUAGCGGGGUGAUCGAUAAUGCUCUGUAUCCAGUUCUAUUUCUCGACUAUGUAAAAUCAGGAAUCCCAGCAUUAGAAGGUGGUUUCCCUAGGAUAAUCGCUGUUGUGGUCCUCACUGCGAUUCUUACAUACAUGAGCUACAGGGGUCUAACUAUAGUGGGUUGGGUGGCUAUAUUACUGGGGGUGUUUUCACUACUCCCCUUUGUGUUUAUGGGACUGAUUUCCAUUCCCAAGUUAAAACCUGCAAGGUGGUUUGUGAUGGAUCUGGGAAAUGUGGAUUGGAGAUUGUAUUUGAACACACUAUUUUGGAAUCUAAAUUACUGGGAUUCAGUUAGUACUCUUACAGGAGAGGUGGAAAAUCCAAGGGAAACCCUGCCGAAAGCUUUGUUUUAUGCUGUUAUAUUGGUUGUGUUGGGGUACUUUUUCCCUCUUCUAGUAGGAACUGGAGCUAUCCCCCUUGACCGUGAGCUCUGGUCUGAUGGCUAUUUCUCAGAUGUUGCUAAAUUGCUAGGGGGUGUGUGGUUGAGAGUGUGGGUACAAGGAGCGUCUGCUUUGUCAAACAUGGGAAUGUUUUUGGCCGAGAUGAGCAGUGACUCCUUUCAGCUUCUGGGAAUGGCGGAGAUCGGUAUGCUUCCUUCAUUCUUUUCCAAGAGAAGUCGUUACGGAACCCCCCUGAUUGGGAUCAUCUUCUCUGCUUCUGGUGUUCUUUUGCUUUCAUGGUUGAGUUUUCAGGAGAUCGUAGCAGCAGAAAACUUCUUAUACUGUUUUGGGAUGCUUUUGGAGUUUGCAGCUUUUUUGAAGUUAAGAAUUGGACAUCCAGAAGCUUCUCGGCCAUAUAAAAUACCUGUUGGAACAGCUGGUGCUGUUUUGAUCUGCACUGCUCCAAGUCUGUUAAUUUUUGUGGUAUUGGCCCUUGCUUCAUUUAAGGUUAUGGCUUUAAGCCUCCUCGCUGUGAUGAUUGGCCUUGCCAUGUAUCCUUGCAUCGAGUUCGCUGAGAAGAAAGGAUGGUUGAGGUUCUCUGCUACUUCUGACUUACCAGAUAUCAGUUUCAAGUAUAGCCUGGUUAAUGAACCCUGAUUGACAGUGGUAAUCUGAAAGAUUGGUAACAAUCUACGUUUCCUAUGCAAUUAGAAUAUUUCAGAAAACAAAGUUGGCUUGUA